CACCUCCGUUCACAGUACAGCAGAGCGGUCUGAGCAGAGCUAAAAACUUCACCAGUUACAUCAGUUUGUUAAAUCUGUCAGCAUUAUGGCAGCGGAUUCAAGCAAGUUUCCUGCGUGGUUUUUCACCUAUAUUUUGCGUUUCCUGCUUGUGUCGGCCUCCUUUUGCUGUGCUGGAGGGACAGCUGCAAGUCCUCCAUGUGUAGAUGGCACUUACGAGCACGAGGGGAGGAAGUGCUGUCUCUGUGCUGCAGGUCUGUAUCUGGAGAAACACUGCACUACAAAUCUACAAUAUGGAGAAUGCAAGAUCUGUGCUGCAGGGAUGUACAGCAGUCACCCUAAUUACGCGGACUCCUGUGAGCUCUGCAAAUCCUGCUCACAACCCAAUGCCAAUCAAGAGGAGGACGAACCUUGUACCCCUGCCAGGAACACUAAGUGUCGAUGUAAAAAGGGUCACUAUUGCAACAGUGGCGCAGAAACCUGCAUAAUCUGCUAUCCGUGUAAAGAAUGUGGUGAUGAGGGCAUCAAAGAAGCCUGUACACUGACCAAUAACACCGUCUGCAAUGAAAAAACUGAUGGUGGAAAUAAGACAGGGACAAUAGUCGGCAUAAUUGUCGGCAUACUUGUACUCCUCUCACUUGUUCUUCUAGCUUUCCUUUGGAAAAAGAAAUGGUAUAGCUUUAAGAGAGAACUGGACCCAGGCAACCAGUCCAAUGGAAGAGCACAUGAUUUGGAGAUGCAGUCUCUUACAGUUGCACCUGUGGAUCUCCAGCCUCUUUUGCAUGAACUUGCAGAAGUGAUUGGAUGGAGGGAUGUGCACUAUGUAGCAACGCGCAGCCGAAUACCAAAAGGCAUCAUUGAGUCAUGUCAGCUAGACCACGGUGAUAAUCAGGACCAAACACGCAAACUACUAGAGAUCUGGGUGGAGAAGCAGGGCAGGAACGCCUCAAAGAACUUGGUGAAAAUCCUCCAAGAGGGUGGCAAAACGGGCACAGCAGAGAGGGUGAUGGAAAUAUUGUCUAGAGAGAGUUCUGCAACUUGAAUGUGUCUAUUGUGAGCAUUUUUUAAAUAUUUGCAGCACUGUCUAUUGUAUGAAUUAUCUUAAAAUAAGUUAAGAUGUUUACAUGAUAGGUUUUGAGUUUAAACACUUGUUUGAGAUUUUAUAUGUGUAUUAUGAGUCUUUAUGACUGCGUGAAAUUUUUAAGAAAAAAAUAAUUAAGGAUUAAAUUCUGGAGGACUACUGGGAUCUACAGUGGUGUCAUAAUGAAGGAAUCACUAUCAUCUGCUUACCAGUUUAUGAACUAAUAGAUUGAGAGUUUUUCUGCCACUAUUUCCUGUGUGUUUAGGGUGUAAAAGAGGUAAUAAAGAUGAUAUUAGGAACUGUAUUAUGCUUCUCUCCGUGUGUAUUUGUAAUGAUGAUAUUUUAUGUUGUUUUAGUAUUUAUGUCCUUUGUGUCACAGCAUGUAUAUUGUGCAAUAAACCGAUGAAUGUAUUAAUA